AUGACAACAUCAUGUGCAUUAACAGAGCAUGAAGUGCUUUAUGAUACACUAGCACAUAAACUGUAUCUUGUAUUAACACCAUUUAUUAUUUGUAUUGGAUUAAUUGGAAAUAUUUUUACUGUUUGUGUGUUUAUAUUAACAGAUCUUAAACGACAACCAGUAUCUAUAGUAACAAUUGCAUUAGCUAUAGCUGAUUCGUUUGUUCUUCUUAUACCUGUUUCAAUUAUAUGGCUUGAAAAACUACUAAGACAAGAAUUAACUGAUCUUUCACCAUUUUGGUGUCGUACUCAUGGUUUUUUUGAUUUAACUUUUACAAGUUGUUCAAGUUGGUUAAUGGUUUUUAUAGCGUUUGAACGUUUCUGUGCUGUUUGGUUACCACAUAAUAAUAAAAAAAUAUUUACACAUCGAAAAACAUUUAUACUUGUUCUUAUUAUUGUAUUUUUAUCAACAAUUUUAUCAACAUGGUUUAUAUUUGUUGUUAAAACAAUACGAAUACAAAAUUUAUCAUUAAAAAAUCAUACUGACAAUAUUUUAUUGACUUCUGAUAAUCGUACAAUAAUGCAAUAUUGGAAAUGUAAUCUCAUUGAUGAUAGUCUUUAUGAUUCUAUGGGUAUGUUUUCUGUUAUAAUUAAUUAUAUAUUACCGUUUAUAUUUGUAUUAUUAUUAAAUUCAACUGUUAUUUAUCGUUUAUGUCAACGUGGUAUUGUUGAAUUAACAUCAUCAAUAACAGUAACAUUAAUACUUGUUUGUCUUGUUCAUUUAUUUUGUACAUUACCAUUUCAAUUAUUAAAAAUAUUAAAAACAUACAUUACUGCUGUAAGUCAGCAUCGUUUACAUUUAUUUAAUCAAUAUACACAAUCAGAUGAAUUCUAUGAUGAUCAAAAUUUACUUAAUGUACGAAGACAAAUUCUUGAUCGAUUUGAAUGGGUUAUAAUUGAACUUGAACAAAUAAUAGAAAAUUUACAGAGACGCCAAUUAUCUGUCAUUGACGCUCAACAAAGUAUCGAGCGACCACUUGUUAAAGAAGUUAUUGAAACAUCGCUUAAUGCUGAUUCGUCUUCUAUUAAAAAUCGAAAACAAUUUAUGCCAAAUAAAGAUGAAUGGCAAACGUAUAAACGUGAUUUACAAGAAACAAAAGAAGAAUUACAUGUUCUUGAUUUGUUUAUUCAUCGAGGUAUUUCAAAGAUUGAUCGAUUGGUGACUUCUGCCAGUUCUUAUACUUAG